GUGGAGGAAGCUACCGCAAACAUCAACCACAUCCACACCUUAAUCCAGACACAUGCCAGCACAUUUCAUCCAGAGCAUUCUACCACCACUCUUGCUGGUGACGGUUCUCUUCCUGUCGGUCCCAGCAUGUCAUGGAGGAAAAAUACUUGUGGUCCCUUUAGAGGGAAGCCAUUGGGUGAACAUGGACAUCCUGAUCAGAGCUCUACACAGCCAAGGACACUCCAUCACUGUGCUGCGAACCACCAAGAGCUGGUACAUCAAAGAGGAGUCGCCUUAUUUCAAUUCGAUCACAGUGACUGUCUCUAAGGGCUUUGAUGAGGAAUUUAUCAAGCCAAUCCUACAGAAACUCUUUGACAUAGAGAGGGGCAAGAGUUCUGUCAUGAACUUUAUAAGUCUGCAACUUGAAGUGUUGAAAUUCAUGCCCAAGUCUGUUGAACAUGUGUGUGAAAUGGUAGAAGUCAUGUUUGAGGACCAGGCCUUCAUGAGGAGACUGAAUGAAAGUCAGUUUGACAUGAUACUUACAGACCCUGCAUGGGGAGCUGGUAUAAUGUUGGCUUACCAUCUUCACCUCCCCUUGGUUUACAAUGUGCGAUGGAUUACAACAGGGGAAGGACACCUGUCUCUGGCUCCAUCUCCUUUGUCCUACAUACCAGCAACAGGAUCAGGGCUUGCGGACACAAUGACUUUCGCAGAGAGGGUCAAAAAUAUGAUUUUCCAUUUGCUGAUGAAGGUGCAGAACCAAAUGCUACUAAAACCACUGUACCAAGCUGUCUGUGAUAAGUACCUAAGUCCCAAAAUAGAUUUCUUUGACCUUCAGCAGACAGCAGAUUUAUGGCUGAUGAGAGUGGACUUUGUAUUUGAGUUCCCCCGCCCCACCAUGCCCAAUGUGGUCUACAUGGGUGGCUUCCAGUGCAAGCCAGCAAAGCCUCUUCCUCAAGACCUGGAGGACUUUGUGCAGAGCUCUGGAGAACAUGGUGUUAUCAUCAUGUCUUUAGGGACGUUUGUAAGUGACCUUCCGACCGAUGUAACCAAAGAAAUAGCAGGUGUGUUUGCUGAACUGCCCCAGAAAGUAAUCUGGAGGUACACAGGAGACAGACCCUCAGCCCUGGGCAAUAACACCCUCCUGGUUGACUGGAUGCCCCAAAAUGACCUCCUGGGACACCCCAAAACCAAACUCUUCGUCGCCCAUGGAGGAACCAACGGGGUGCAGGAAGCUAUCUAUCAUGGGGUUCCAGUGGUAGGAAUUCCUCUAUUCUUUGACCAGCAUGAUAACCUCCUUAGGCUGCAGAAACGAGGUGGUGCACAAAUCAUAACACUCUCCAUGUUGAACAAAGACAGCUUCCUCCAGGCCUUGCAGGAGGUGCUCCAUGUGCCAUCCUACAGAGAGAACAUGCAGAGACUCUCCAGGCUGCACAGAGACCAGCCCAUGGAGCCCCUGGACCGAGCCCUCUUCUGGAUCGAGUUUGUCAUGAGACACAAAGGUGCUGCUCACCUGCGCACAGACUCCUACAAGAUGCCCUGGUACUCCUACCACUCCCUGGAUGUGAUGAUGUUCUUGUUUGCUGCUUUCUUCCUGAUGUUGUUCCUUAUGUUUGUUCUCAUAAGGUGUUCCUUACGUCUAUGUGGUAAGAGUAAAAGUAAAAAGGAUUAAAUAAAUGGACUUAAAAAAUACAGACACAAUUUAUAUUAUGAACAAGGUUGCCAAUUCUGCUUAUGAAAAGCGACUUUGGGCUUCUUUUUUGAGCAAUGGCUUUAAAAAUUGUUGUCACCGGUUGCGUUUUUUGGGCUUCUGCUCUGCCAGUGACUUGAAUGUGUUUGGAUGUUUCAAACAUGUUUCUCAAUGACAACUCUGUUUUUCUCACUCACCCUUACAAGCUAGACAACAACAAGAUUGUUAAGUCCUUCUCUGUGUCUGCCUCGGUCACUUUUGUGGGUUUUAUCUAUCACACAGAUGCUUGCAAAGAGUAAGGUCUCCUCUCAAGGCACGCAACUGACGACCCCCCUCCUUUUUUGUUCUUGUUUUUUUUCCGUCUUCAAUCGCUUCUUUUGAGCUUGUUUUCAGGAUGGCAGUCACUUAUUUCCCUCUCAAAAUAUGGGAUGAGGAAUAGAACUCGCACACCAGGAGUUGCCGGUGCAGGAAAGGUGUUUAAUCCAUCAACUUAAACAAACAUAAAAUAAAGUUAUACCAAGUGGGGGUGCAAUGCAAACGUUUCAGUCCUCAGACCCUCGUCAGUGCAAACCAUAUAUACAGGUGGGACACGUACUAUUUUCCUUUUUCAAUGCACCCCCACUUGGUAGCACUUUAUUUUAUGUUUGUUUAAGUUGAUGGAUUAAACACCUUUCCUGCAUCGGCAACUCUUGGUGUGCGAGUUCUCUUCCUCAUCCAAGUGUUCUACAAUACCCAGAACCAAAGCAUCCUCAAGGCCUGGAGUAAUUGGCGUGGCACACCCCCCCUGACUUAACUGAACCUCUCAAAAUCUGGCAACACUGAUUAUAAAGGACAUGAGUCCUACCCUGGUCCCCCUAUCACUUCCUGGAUGGAGCCAGGUUUUUAUUUGUUCAUUUAUUUGUUAUUGCUGAUAAUUUGAUUAAAUCAUGACGUUAUGCAACCACAUUAUUUUGAUUUUGCUGCAAUGGU